AUGAGGUGCUUCACAUGCUGCAGGGCUAGGGUAGCCAAUGGCGAUUCUUUGAAGAAGAACAAUAAGAAGAAUAAUAGUAGGAGCUUCAAAGACAAUAAAGAGAAUACAUUAGUCACAUUCAUCAAAAGUAUCUCAGCAAAAUCAGGUAGCAUCCAGCAGAGGAACCUAGCAGGAGAGGUACUAAAACUUGGAAAUGCAAGAAUUACUGCUGAGGUUUUUACAUUCGGCGAAUUGGCUACAGCAACUAACAACUUCAGUGCUGAGUCUCUAGUAGGUGAGGGCGGAUUUGGGAGGGUUUACAAAGGACACAUUAAGAGCAUAGAUAAGGUUGUCGCCGUGAAGAGGCUCGAGAGGAAAGGGUUGCAAGGAAACAGAGAAUUCCUUGUGGAAGUUUUGAUGUUAAAUCUGGUUCAACACCCAAACCUUGUCAAUUUGAUUGGCUAUUGUGCUGAUGGAGAUCAGAGAAUAUUAGUAUAUGAAUACAUGCCCAAUGGAUCUCUGGAAGACCACUUUCUAGAUUCACAAGCCAGACGUAAGCCUCUACAUUGGAAUGCUAGGAUAAAAAUAGCUGCGGGAGCAGCCAAAGGGCUUGAAUACUUGCAUGAAACUGCAGACCCUCCAAUCAUCUUCAGAGACUUCAAGGCUUCAAAUGUAUUGUUGGAUGAAGAUUAUAAUCCUAAGCUGUCCGAUUUUGGACUCGCUAAGCUAGCCCCGGCUGGAGGCAAGGCAGUUGUGUCCACAAGGGUGAUGGGGACCUAUGGCUAUUGCGCACCAGAGUAUGCAUCAUCAGGUCAGCUGACCACAAAGUCCGAUGUUUACAGUUUUGGUGUUGUGUUCCUCGAAAUGAUCACAGGAAGGAGAGUCAUCGACAAUACGAGACCCUCUGAAGAACAGAACCUCAUUGAAUGGGCAGAGCCUCUGCUGAAGGACAGAAAGAACUUUAAGUCAAUGGCUGAUCCACUGCUUGAAGGCAAGUACCCAUUGAAGGGUCUCUACCAAGCUCUUGCAGUUGCAGCCAUGUGCCUGCAAGAGGAAGCUAGCACCCGACCAUUGAUAAGCGAUGUCGUAACAGCCCUCGAGUAUUUAGCAACAGUCGAAACACAAGAAGAAACAGAUGCAGAAUCCAAACAUGCUGCAGAAGCAGAAUCAUAAAAGAAAUGGCCGAGGAUGAGUUGGACACAGAGAGGGGGAGAGGAGAGUUCUUGCCUUCUUGGAGCUAAGGAAGGAAGGAGAAGGCAUUGCAGCAUACCUUACCCGCAUUGUGAGACCAAAUUAAAGAACAUGAAGCUGCUGCAUAAUAUGAAACUCACCUCCCCACUCCCAUCUCAUAAGACGGUGGAAAAAAAAAAAAGGAAAAAUAAGAAGGAAAAAAUGCCCUGCCAAUGCAAUUAAUUUUGUAUGUGACCUUUUAUUAGGUAGGGGAGGAUGGAAAUCAUAGCUUUUUUUUGCUGCAUGUCUCUGUUUGUGAAUGCCAAUGCCUGGUAGUUUAACACAAGAUUGCAGCCUAAGAAGUCAAAAAUCAAACACUUAGAUCUAAAAGUUGCACUGCCUAACUAGUUUAGAACAUAAAGGCAUAACUUGGUAGUGAUGACAUGAAUUUCGGAUUUUAGAUUUAGAUUUGGAUGGGUUAGAAAAUUUUUAAUAAAAUUUUAUAUUAUAUCUUAUUUAAAUUCAAUAUAACUUCAAACCCAAUAUCUCUCCAAACAUGGAGUAAAAGAUUUGAAAAAAAAUUUUAGGUAUAAAAUAGAUUUCGCUCUAAAAUAGAAUUUUAUUGGAUAAUGUUUGGAAUUAUAGACUUUAACUAUUAGAUUUGAAUUUGUGUAAAUUUAAAGAAAUUCAAUAUAAUUUAAUACUCCUUGUUAUUGAAAUUUAUACAAAUUUAAAUCUAAGGCAUAAAAUAUAAAUUUCAAAUACAAAAUUAAAAAAUGAUGAAAAAAUAAAUUAAUGUGUUUAAAUCUAUAGAACUAGUAAAAUAAUUGAAUUAUAAUUCACACAAAUUCUACAUUAGCAUAUUCAACACACAAAAUCGAAGUAGGUUAAAUCUUAUUAAAGAUGGAGAAUCCAAUUUUAUUUUGGGAAAAUUGGGCCAUUUUAAUCAUUUUAUUUCCAAAAUUCAUACACAAGCUUUAAGAGAUUU